CCAGUGAGCGAGAUGGAGGAGGAGCUGCGGUGUAGUCAGUGUACCGGGUAUUACCACGUGCCGGUUAUAUUAGUGUGUCGUCAUGCUUUGUGUCUAGCUUGUGCAGGAGCACUUCAGAAACCUGCAGCUCCGCCUGCACGUAGUGAGGAUGAAGGGAGUGUUGCUCCUGCCGAAGAUCUCCACGAAACAUCCGAGGUGGAUAAACUGUCCGUGUUGAGCGACGCUGACUCGGGCGUUUCGUGUAGUUCUCGUCCAACAAGCCUUGUCGGUGCUCCUGAAGGAGGCAGCAGCUCGGAUCCGCCCCCGCCGCCGCCCGUGUACACCAUCGCAUGCCCGCAGUGCUCCGUUCUGACGCCGACAGACGAAGCGGGGGCGCAGGGGCUGACGCGGUUCAAGGUGCUGGCGGCGGUGGUGGACAAGCACCUGGAGAGGUACCAGGUAGCUGAGCCGUGCCAGCUUUGCGAUGCGGCCACGGCGCCCCGACCCGCCCAGGUCUUUUGCGACCAGUGCUUAGUGUUCUACUGCGGCCCUUGUCGAGAAGCAUGCCACCCCGCCCGUGGCCCUCUGGCCGCCCACUGGCUCGUGAGCGUGGCCGAAGGAAGGGCGCUCCUGAGGGCGCGACGGAGGGAGAGGGAAGGGCGCUGCACACACCACCCGCAAGAGCAUGUGUCCAUGUACUGCCUCACCUGCCGUCUUCCAGUGUGCGUUCUGUGCCUGCACCACGGACGGCACCACGCACACGACGUGCACGCGCUCAACGCCGUCACCAAAACACAUAAG